AUGGCCCACCACGGCUCGCUGCUCACCUGCAUGCUCUUCACUUUGCUCGCCCCCCUUGCUCUGGAAGGAGGUCUGAGCGAGGAGACCUCCACCUGCUGCAGUCUCACUGUGCCCCGGAGAGAGUGGGGGGCCACUGCAUCUGCAUGCUCCCAGAAACUGAACCAGCCGGUGCGUUAUGUGAUAGUGUCGCACACGGCGGGCUCUUCCUGCAACAGCCCAGCCUCGUGCCAGCAGCAGGCCCGCAAUGUACAGCAUUACCACAUGCGGGAGCGGAAGUGGUGCGAUGUGGCCUACAACUUCCUGAUCGGAGAAGACGGGCUGGUGUAUGAGGGCCGGGGCUGGAACAUCAAGGGCGACCACACAGGAUACAUCUGGAACCCCAUGUCCAUUGGGAUCACGUUCAUGGGCAAUUAUAUGGAACGGGUGCCUCCAGCCCGGGCCCUCCGGGCAGCCCAGAAUCUGCUGGCCUGUGGCGUGGCACAGGGCGCCCUGAUCCCACAAUAUGAAGUCAAAGGGCACCGGGAUGUGCAGCAGACACUGUCUCCGGGUGACCAGCUCUACGCCAUCAUCCAGAAAUGGCCGCACUACCGAGAAUGA